CAGGUGAUUGUUGCUGUCUACGGAGGCGAGACGAGUUUUAAGUGGCAAGAGUUUCUGAAGGAUCUCCAGGUGAAUAUAACUUUAAUAUAAUUUUAAAAUUCGCAGAGGAACCUAAAACUUUUGUUCAUAUUAUCCGAACGUUUUAUCAAAGAUAGCAAAAAAAAUAAUCAGGAAUUGAAUGUCUCACAUUAAUUUCGAAAAUGAUGUCUUUUUAAUCGAACAGAAAGUGGAAGAUUGUCAUAAAAAAGCAAGACCGGCUUCAAGACGAAACAAGGUUUCACCACAGUCGAAUGGAUUUACCAUCGAUAUCCCAGAUGAAAAAAUACUGAAGACCCAAAAAGAGCACCUAUCCUUUCGUCAAAGUCGCAAGCGAUUUUCAAUUUCCUAUGAAACACUAGUUUGGAUUGUUUUUGUGAUUUCAACAGCCCUGUGUGUGAUUGAUCGCUUUGCGCUCAGAGGGGAUAUGAUUUUAGGAAGAAGUGGAAAGUUUCCGAAGAGGCUUUGGGGAACUCACCUGGGAGAGACCGCUACUAAUGUUGUGUGGGCCAUCACCGCAAGACUGAUCAUUACUUCUCAAAACUUAAUGUUCUACACGAUGAUGAGUUGUCUCCCGAACUUAAUCUGCGAGAUGGCUCCAAACUGGAUCACGAUAGACGGAAUCCGUAAUGUUCAUACAAGAAUUCACACUUUCGCUGGAAUUUUCCUUUUAGCGAUACCUUCCCUUGCUCAUGUUCUUAUCAUUUUUCUUCCUCCCCUAAUCGAUGGCACUCAACUGAAGUAUUAUCCACCAAGUACCUUCAACUACAGUAAAUAUCCUGGUCACUUAAACUGGACGAAGUUCUGGGAUCCUGCAGCAGUUCAAGGCUGGACUUUUAACGAUCACAAGGGAGUUCAUCUAACGUCGGACGAGAUUUAUCGAUUCAUGCUCGUUAUCGUCAUAUUCUGCUUAUUUGUCCCCCUUAGUAGAUCGAAUUAUGCCAAUAAAAGAAGCUAUUCAUUGGCAAUGGCGUUGCACGUUUUUGCCGGGAUCUGGUACGCCAUUGACAACAUCCGAAAGAUCACCCAUGGUCUGUCGCAAGUGGCUAAUCUUCCCAUUUUAGUUCUCUGGUGCGUUGACAAAAUUCUCUCCAUUUUGUGCUAUCGGCGCAACCGCGGCCACAUUGUGAGAAGGGAAGUCCUUGGAGACAACGAAUACGUGAUUAUGUACGUAAAACUGGACAGUGACGUUAAACACGCUGUUGGUGAUGUUUACUACCUUCUUCACACAAGAAAAGAAAACACCGGAAUGCUACCACAGCGGUCUCAUCCCUUCACAACUUUUGCAAAUAUGUCACAAGAUUCAACUUGGGACAUUGGUUUGGUGAUAUCAGUCAUUGAGGAUGACCAGCAGAUGUGUCUCCCUUGGACAAAGUGGCUUGCUACCACCGACGAGAACAUCACCCUCCAUACAUGGGGACCCUAUCGGUCAUCUGUUUGGAAGCUUUAUGAACAGAUAAUUGAUGCAUCAGAUGGAAGUUCGCCUUCACAUUUCGUUUUGUUUGCUACUGGAUCUGGUUGUGGCUACAUCUUAGAUGUCCUCAGUUGUUUGGCCAACAGAUAUGAACCGUCACAACAUAAAAGCCAAACUAGUAAACAGACCAAAAUCGACAUUUUCUAUUCAGUCAGAUGUAGGGCAUUUUAUGAAUUCCUGAGGAGACCCAUCGAAGACCUCCUGCGGAAGAUCAAAGAAAAAGACGUUGCUACUAUAACGUUUCAAUUUUAUGUCACUGGUUCAGAAGUGGGAGAUGUCGCAGAUGACACAACGGAAUCGCCAAUUCAACUCAUCCAUGGCCGAAUUAACUUCGCGAAAGCUUUGAAGGCUGCCAACAAGAGGUCCCGUUGUUACUUUAUCGGAAGGCCUGCGAUUGCCGAAGAGGUUUUAGGAAUAUGCCAAAAGAAAGGAAUCCGGCUUGUUAAAGAUUACACAAACGGGCGUGGAAACCAAGAAGACCGUCGUUUACUUAUAAAAUACCUUAAGAUAAGUUUUUGGGUAAUAUUUGUCACAACCGCCGUUUGCGUUGCCAUAAGUCUUGUGAUUGAUGUCAAAUCAAUCAAAUACUCACUAGAAAUCUUAGCAAUGAAUAGGACCAAUUAG